AUAACCAACACCUAUUCAAAUGACAUAAAAUGUGCAGAAAUGGUUGCAACAGUGGGCACACUGAUAAAAGAGGGAAUUGCUGAAAACCUUCGCAAUGAAGUGCGUUACAUUUCAGUUAUGAUUGAUGGAGCCACAGAUGCCUCCAGCACCGAAAACGAAACUGUGUAUGCGAGGUGUUUGGGUACUGAUGGCCGACCAGUCAAUCGCAUGGUAGGACACAAACCUGUAGAGCAUGCCCACGCUGAUGGUAAGCUUUAACGUACACUGCACAUUUAUUAGUGACCUAACAAAAAAGAAGCUAUCGAGUUGUCAACAUUUUUCUUCGACAUAAUUAAUAUUCUUGGACAAAAAAAUCAGAACUAUAAAAGUCUCUGCUAAAUUCCUAGCAACCAUUUUUGUGAUACCGCUUAGUUUCACAUUCUUUUUUUGUGAUUGAUGUUUAAAAGCUUACCGGUGUAUCAACGAUAAAACUUUUGAUACUUUUUGUUUAAUUUUCGCAGGUCUUCUUCAAGUUGUCGACAACUGCUUUUCGGACCUUGGAGUGAAGGAGUGGAAAAAGAGCACAAUAGGGUUUGGAGCAGAUGGCGCGUCAGUGAAUCUGGGAAAGCGACGAGGUGUUGCAUCAAUACUCAAACGUGAAGUCCACCACCUCAUUGACAUCCAUUGUCUUCCCCAUCGCCUGGAACUAUCAAUGCUGGAAAUGCAACAACAGUGCAAAUAUGUUAAAGAGGUGUACGACAUAUUGCAUUUGGUGUGGAAGACCUAUCAUUUCAGUCCUAAGAGCAAAAGGGAGCUAACAGCUUUGGGAAACGAGCUUGGUCUGGAUGUUCUGAAGCCUAGGCCAGUGAAGGGUUCCAGGUGGCUUCCCCAUGUCAGUGGUGCAUUGAGAGUCUUCAUCAAGCCUGUAAAGGAUGGAAGCAUUCGCUCAGAUCCUGCGCAAUAUGCUGCCGUCCUUGCACACAUGGAGCAUCUUGCUACAACAUCAGCUAAUGCAGAUGUCAAAGGAAGAGCCAAGUUCAUUGCAAAAGCUAUGAAGAAAGCAUCUCUUGUGACCUUUUGUCACUUUCUGUCUGACUUGUUUGAUGUUCUCAGCAAGCUCAGCUUUCAUUUCCAAAGAAAUGAUCUCAUUCUGCCAUCUGCUGUAUCCCUUUUAGAGGAGGCUCUAUCCAGUAUCUCUCUUCUUGCCAAGCGACCUGUAAGAGGAGGAAGACUGCAGGCUUUUCUCGGUAGCCUGUCAACCUCAGACAGCUGUUCAUUGUUUCAAGGGAUUACUCUCUCUGGCGAUCUAAGUGGUAUAACUACUGAAGAGAUCGAUGAAAAGGCUGGCGUAGGUGCCCAGAUAAAACAGGCAACAGAUCUUUGUUUGUCUGGUUUGAGGGCACGAUUUGGUGCCCUUCUACAAGCCCCUGAUAAGAUUGCUACCCCUGGUCCCAACCAAGUAGUUAAAGAUCUCCUGGUCUUUAACCACGACGCGUGGCCCACAGCUCAAAGUGAGCUUAUUGAUUUUGGCCAGGAGGCAAUUAUGCGUCUCUCGACUUGGUUUCAACCAGCGCUGGAGGACAAAGGCUGCAUCAUUGCAGCCAUUCUACCCCAGUGGACAUCUCUCAAGGUGCUAGUCAGUACCCAGUUCAAACGCAAAGGGUACCUGGAUCUGUGGGCCACCCUUUUGACCAAAGUACCUUACAGAGAUGACCAUAAA